UUCAAGGUCAGGUUGGACAGGGCUUUGAGCAACCUGAUCUUGUUGAAGAUAUCCCUGCACAUUGAAGGAGGGAUAGACUAGAUGGCCUUAAAAGGUCCCUCCCAGUUUAAAUCAUCCAGUGAUUCUAUGAAUGCAGUAAACUGUUACACCACUGUAUUUGCAGGUCCCAAGUCAUUAAUAUUCCAAAAUUACUAAUAAUAUCCUGACUCCAACUCUUCAAAACAGGCCCCUUGCUGUAAUACGAGAAGGCUACCUGCACUUUCUUUUAUUCUCUGCUCCCAUAACACCUCUGAGAUUGAAGUACAGUCAGUUGCUUAUGGCUUGAGUCACUUCAGUUCCAUCCAGCAUAGAUGUUAGUUCACUCCAAGGCUGUUUUCUGGGAGGCAACUAGGCAGCACCUCCACACAUAGCACUCUCCAGAGUCAAAACAGUUGAUUCUGCACAGCUCCACAGUCUUCCAACGCUACAUGAACAUGCUUUGCCCACCCACGCAUUCCCAAAUCACACCCCACAGCAUGCAACACAGUCUCAAGAGCCACGCUAGACACAAAUCACGCUGAUGGUUUGCAGCAUGAAUUGAGUGGAAAAAGGCUAUAAAGAAUGAUAGGGUGUCAACGGGAGCCCCAGGCUGAUUGGUGUGCAAGCAGGCACAUGGAACCGGUUCCAGAAGGGAUCAAUCCUGGGUUAUAUAUUGCUGAAUCAAUUCAAAAUAACUGGUCUGAAGGCCAGUUAUUGAAUACCCUCCAUAAUGUUCACAAGGCUUUACACUGGCAAAGAUAACAUUAAAAAUGUAUAGCAAACAAAACAACGUCUAACUGAUCCUACAGCAUGAAGUGCAGUAGUCUCACCAGCUACAAGCUUCAACUCAGUGAGGUGACUGUUGAUCAAUACAAUCACUUACUAUCCUCCCUGUUCACUAUUUUUCUUUCUGACUAAAGCAAGAGAGAAGAGGGAUGCUCAUACUGCAAAGACCUGCACAUUUUGGCGAGUAUUCACAUGUAGUUUAGGUGGCUAUUUUAAGACACCAGUCUCCCAAACAGCCCUGCAGAGUAAAUAAAAAGAUAAACUACUCUAGAUGUGGAGCUAGAACCUAAUUUAGAUGCCUUCACUUGCCCUUCUCCAUUGAAACAGACACCACUUGAGAAAGCGUUAUAUUCAUUCUCCCUUCCCCACCCCCACUUUGUGCUGGGCAUCUGGUAAGUCACAAGGUUUUUCUUUUGUAACCUUAGAGUGCAGAAGUUGUUAUUUAUGAGUCUCUGAGGGUACACAAAAUCCAAGAACUCAGCAGUAUGCACAUGUCCAUAUUCAGUUAUCUGCACGGGCUACUGUGAGUGACACCUUACUGGCCCAUUUCUAUGGGAUGAAUACUGGUGUAUGAGCAGGACUUCUACUGCUUCCCAUGUCUUCCAUGCACCAUAACGUCAAGGUUCUGAGAACUACUGACAGAGUUUGGUAGGAAGCUACCUUUCACUGACAGGUGAAGUCCUCUACUAGUAGAGAAUUCAAUUGCUUCUUCAAGAAGAAAAAGUGCUCUCUCCUUGCGCAUCUCCACCGGGCACAUACUAAGAUAUAACUGGACGCACAAGCUGAAAUUUUAUCAGCUAAUUAACUCACAGGACUCCUGCCAGACAAUUUUAAUAGCAGCUUUAAAUCUCUUGAAAUGUAGAAAAAGCAAUAUAAUCCAAUAAAAGUGCUUAGAAAUCAUUUGAGAGGAAUUAACCACAUAUAUAGGCCACGUAUUUUUUAAUAACAUCUGACUGUGAACCAUUAAAUUUUAAGGUCAACUGUUUUUGUGUCUGAUCUUCUGAUUUUCUAAACACUCUCAAUGUAAAAUAGGUCAAAGAAAGAACUAAAGAAAACACAAGCUAGAAAGGAGAUCCAUUAGGAAAAGGUGUAAAAUAAAAAGGUGAAAAAGACAUCAGGAUUAAACAAAAGGGUACUCCUGAGUCUUUCCAAUAAAUCCAGAUCAGAUACAUGCUGGCUUUUCCAACUGCCAAAAUGACCCCUAGUGAUGGAAGACUUCUACUCUAUAAUAAUCUGGGGAGCUGACGUAAAGAACUAAAUUAAUUACUAAUACAGGAAAGGAUGGACAAUAGAAAACAUAGCAAAUGUGGAAAAUCAGACCUUAUUUUACUGUCUAGUCUUGGGAUAUAUUUUCCUAUAUAGAAUCACAGAAUCACAGAAUGGUUUGGGUUGGAAAGGACCUUAAGAUUACCUAGUUCCAACCCCCCUGCCAUGGGCAGGGACACCUCACAGAGACCAUGUUGCCCAAGGCUCUGUCCAACCUGGCCUUGAAUACUGCCAGGGAUGGAGCAUUCACCACUUCUUGGGCAACCUGUUCCAGUGCCUCACCACCCUCACUGUAAAGAACUUCUUCCUUACAUCUAACCUGAACUUACCCUGUCUAAGUUUGAACCCUCUUGUCCUGUCACUACAAUCCCUGAUGAUAUGGUGCUUUAUGAAAAAGAACAAGACUUGUCUUCCUCAGUACUUUAAGAACUACUCUGAAAACUGAAAAGCUGAAUUUGACAAUACCAUUUCUGUUGUUAGAAAACCUGCAUCACAGAAGAGGGGCCAGAGAGUUAUUUCCCUAGGUUUAGUUCCAGAAAAGAUUUCCUUCCUCCAGCAGAGCACCAUGAGCCCCAAAGUCCUUAAUCAAAACGGCCAUUACAAAUACAGAGUCCAAAUGCUCAUUAAAUAAAGACAUACUAGUCCAUUUUAGGAAGUUAAUUUACUGAAAAAGAAUAUAUAAUUCUAGAUGUAAGUGAUCAUACACUGCAUGGCUAAAAGUUGUGGGAAGUGAAGAGCCCAGCUGUUUUCUGUUACAAUUUUUGUCAGUUGUAUGAUGCCAAAAAUAAUUCCAAAUUCAAAACUUCAAAGUCAACAUUUCCAUUAUAACUUACAUUUCUUUAACUGAGAGGUGUAUGCGAAAAACUCUGCCUAGGAAUGAUGCAAUGCUUCAUGCCAUGCCCUGCCUUUCAGACCAGCAGGCAAAAUCAACACUGUCCGCAGCCAGGGAAGCCUGUCAGCACUAGUGGGACCACGCACUGAUCCUCCUCCUGCUCAGACAGCACCAGGGCUGCCUCUCCCCAUUCGCGUUAAGGAUGCAAGGCCGCAGUCAAGGCUCCUCUACUCCCCCUCCUGGGAGGUCCGAAGUUCAGCUGCUGCCAUUACUCACAAAAUAAACAGCCUGCUUUCUGCUCCAGAAACGAAGAACAGCCGAACUGGAUGGUUUUUGCAGAUGAAGGCAGGAGCUGUGAGGGGGCAGAGCUCAUCCCCCAGCUGUCCGCAGAAAGCAGCCCCACUGGGACAGAUAGCCAGCCAUUCCUAUGCUCCCAUGCUGGGGAAUCUCAGAAGGCCCUUGUUCCAUGCCAAGGCACUAUUCUGCAGUUCACUCUCUCAGACUCUCUACACCUGGAACAUCCCAGCUUCCAGGGCCCCUUCUCUCCAGCUGCACCAACAUGGCCUGCUUUCCCCGGCAAUCAGGCAGCGUGGCAGCACUUUGUAUAGUCUCUACAAUGUGAUCCCCAACUUACCCAUCCCAAAACAGCCAACUUACUUACACCAGUAACAGCGUUAUCGUCAGGGAAUAACGCUGCAAAGUAAUGUGUGAAUAAGCCCGCUGUAGAUAGCAAUGUGUGUUUACUGCACCCUGCCUGAAUUGUAUUUGGCAUUUUUAAUAACACUAUUUAAACAGGAAUUGAAAGAAACAGCUCUAAACUAGGUAGAUGAAGGCAGGGUUUCUGAACGCAGUUUUCAUGGAUUCAAAAACACAAGCAAACACAAUUUUUGCACCAGAAGAGGCAAAACUGUACUGAAGGAGAAACACUAGCAGCUUGUAAAACUGAUGACAACGGGAGAAAUCCUUGUGAAUGCUUCUCAACACAUCAAUCAUACUGACUCCCAGCCACACCACAUGGCCAUUCCAUGCACUUCCAGACAGACAUCAGUCCACACUGCACAGGAUCCCAAGAUCCCCCAGUUUCUGGAAAAUAGAUUUAGUCCUAAUUUUUGUGACAGAUGGAGUUGAUAGUCUCAGGAUAAAAAAAAGCGCCAGUUUUGACAGGCAGCAGAUACCGAUGCCCCUUGUGGUUGAAGGCGAUGUUUCUCUGGAAUUAAGGUAGCACUAAAACGAAAGGCAAUGGGUAACUGCACCAUUACUUACUUUGUUAUGCUCCUGUCGUUGUGCCUUAGUAUUUAUAUUUUUGUGCCUGCUUCCUUAUAAGCAAAGCAAAGCGAGCAGGGAGUUUAACAGGAAGGCAGAACGUCAGCGAGGUAUUGCACAUUUGAUCCUCUUACCUAUUUAAACAACUUUUUACCAGUCGGCAGAUCUUAACAAAGUAUCAAAGAACUAUACUGUAUUUCUGUCUGCAGGCAUCCCCGUAGGUCAGUGUCCUAAACACGUGCACAAAACCUCGGGAGAGAAGUUGAAUGAAUUUAAAAUCUGUGCGGGAUGCGGUGAGUGGAAAAAAAGUUGCAGUACUGGAGGCACAGAGAAGCGGUACUCACACGGUCGCAGCACACCACUAACAGAGAUAGCUUUGCUCUCCCUGAGGGUACUAAUACCCUGAAAACAGGAGGUCUGUUUAGAUUUCCGAAACAAAAAAAGUCGGUCCCCUUUUGAGCCUGAUCCUCCCUACCUUUCGGGAAGCAGCUCUGCCCUCACUUGAAUCAGUGGGAAGUUUGGUUACAGACAUCGCUGAGCCUAGAGACCUUUUUUUCCCCUUGCUGCAAGGAGUAGGAGCAGUUUAAAAGGACCAUCUGUGCAAAGGCGACACGCAGAUCCCCGCCGCCUGCCCUUCUGCCUCCGCGGCACGGUGCCCGGGGGAGCCCCGCCGCCGCCCAGCCAGCCCCGGAGCGCCGGUCCCCGCCGCCGCUGCGCGCCUCUCACCCGGCCGCCGCGCCGCCUUAACGGGAGGAGGGGCUCCUCGGGGGGCUGUCACUCUCCUUAAGCCUUUCCUUUCAAGCUUUGAAUGUGAGCUGCCCUCCAGCCCCCCUCUCUCCUUCCCUCCCUCCUGCAGAUCGUACAGAGAGGAGGGAAGGAAAAAAAAAAAAAGUUUCAACAACAGGCUGGGCCAAUGGCAAGUGGCGAGGCAGGGAAAGGGGGCCGAGCGAAGGGAGAAAAAAGUGGAGAAAAGGAGAAAGAGAGCGAGAGAGCGCAGGCUGGGGGGGAUGUGUAAAAGAAGAAGCGUUGCUAAUUUUUUUUGUUUGUUUGCUUUUCCAUGCAUGCAUAAUGAGGCCUAAUCAGAGCACGUUGCUGCUGCUCGGAGGGCACUUUUGUAUUUAAAGCCUUGCAAAGAAAAAAAGAUCCACAGACGGAUCCGCAGAGCAGCUUGCAGGGCUUGUUGACAACAGAAGCAGCAUCAGUCGCCCAGAGAGAAAGAGACCCCGAAGGCUGCCUCUUCUCCUUCCCCCAUGCUAUCUUCUUGCUAGCGGGGAGAGACAUUUCUUCUCCCCGCCACCCGAAAGUGCAACCCGUACCAAGAGGGAGUGAGCGGAGCCGGGACAGUGAAUGGGAUCGGAGCGGCUGGCAUGUGCAGAGAUGCUGCGAGCGGAAAGUUAAAAGCUGCCGAGAAGGCAGCAGCAGCAACAACAGCAGCGGCAGCAGCUGGGCAUUUAUUUUGUGCAAAAAAAAGGGAAAGGAAAAAAAAAGAGAAACGGAACCGCAUGAAGAGCAGGACAGCACCAUGAGCUCUCCAGGCGCAGCCUGCAAGUCCCCGAGCGCAUUCCGGAGCCGCUCUCCUCCGAGCCCCAGUUUGCACUGAUUUCCCCCACCUCUCCGGGCACCUUCGCCGCCGCCGAGCCGAGCCGGGAGCAGCGGGUGAAGGGCACGGGACGGCCCCGGGCGCCUGCUUCGUACCGCGGCCCCGCCGGUUUCAGCUCCCGGGGUCUGGAGGGCCCCGGAGCCGGCGCGGAUGGAUUGAUGCGAGGAGACCUCAUGCACACGGCCGGCGGGAGUUUUGCAAACUUUUCCACGGGCGGCAGCUCCUUCUCCUCCUCCGCCUCCUCCUCCUCGUCGUCGUCGUCGCCAACCAGCGCCUCUGCGCCGCUCGCCUGCGGCAGCAGCCGCCGCCCGCGAUGGCGGUCCGCUCGACCGCUCGGCACAGAGGCGGCGGCGGGCGCCGCUGGCCGCGGCCGGCCACCUGGCUGUGGCUGGCGGCGGCGCUGGGCGCCGUGUGGCCGCCGCGGGGCUCGCUGGUGCAGGGCCGGCGUCUGAUCUGCUGGCAGGCGGUGCUGCAGUGUCAGGGGGAGCCCGAGUGCAGCUACGCUUACAACCAGUACGCCGAGGCGUGCGCCCCGGUGCUCCUGCAGCAGCCGCCGGCGGGCGGCGGGGACGGGCCGGCGGGCGCUGCAGGCGCCUCGGCCUCCUCCAGGCGGCGGUGCCCCAGCCACUGCAUCGCGGCCCUCAUCCAGCUCAACCACACCCGGCGCGGCCCGGCGCUGGAGGACUGCGACUGCGCGCAGGACGAGAACUGCCGCGCCACCAAGCGCGCCAUCGAGCCCUGCCUGCCCCGCACUAGCAGCCCCGCGGGCGGCGGCCCCGGCCCCGGCCCCGGCGUCAUGGGCUGCACGGAGGCGCGGCGGCGCUGCGACUGGGACAGCCGCUGCAGCCUGGCGCUCAACCGCUACAUGACCUACUGCGGGAAGCUGUUCAACGGGUUGCGCUGCACGCCCGAGUGCCGCGCCGUUAUCGAGGACAUGCUGGCCGUGCCUAAGGCCGUGCUGCUCAACGACUGCGUCUGCGACGGGCUGGAGCGGCCCAUCUGCGAGUCGGUCAAGGAGAACAUGGCCCGCCUCUGCUUCGGCGCGGACAUGGGCGGCAACGGCGCCGGCAGCAGCGGCGGCUCGGACGGCGGCCUGGAGGAGUACUACGACGAGGACUACGAGGAGGAGCCGAGCCAGAAGGGGAGGGACGACGCGGAGGACAAUGCGGGCUCCGAGCCCGGCUUCCCCGUGCAGGCGGAUAGCGCCGGCCGGCCCGCCGCCGGGGUCUGGGCGCUGCUGGCCUCCAUCUUGCUGCCGCUGCUGCCGGGGCUCUAGCGGCUCCCCUUGCCUCCCUCCGGCGCCGGGCCGCCCUGGCCUCGUCGCGGCGGCAGGGGCCGGCCGGCGGGGCCCUCCGCGCGGCUCGGUUUAAACACUCUAACCGUUAAUCUGCCGACCGUUAGGCCGGGUGCCCCCCCUCCACACACACACUGUCCCGCGUCCCCGCGCGUCUCCCCCAAAGCGGAGAGUCCCCCUCUGCCGCCGCGGCUGCCCGAAGCGCCGGUCCGCACGCUCCCGCCGGCCCGGCCCGGGUGUCGGUCUGGAGUGUGCUGUAUGCAAUUGCUGCCACCUUGCCUUGCAGUCAGCAGCGAGCGGAGCGGGCUGACGGGGAGAGUGCUAGCGAAGCUUCAGCCGGCUCCCCGCUGCCGCCAGCCGGAGCAGCCAGCAGUAACGGCAUGCUGGUGGUGGCUUGCUUUAAGCGUUUUGACAUGAAGGUUAGAAGUGAGCUACCCAAACUUGCUGCCAAAGCUGUUGCCGUACUGGUUAGUCAACAAGUUGACUAUAAUUCGCCAAGUCUCGCUCUCGGUGAUGCUGCGGUGCCCGAAAGGGGCUUACGCGGCAUCUGCCAUUAAUUAAUUUUUUAAAGGAAAUAGCAGACUGAAUAAAUUCUGUGGUUUACAGCACUCCCUCUUGCACACACAUCUUCCCUAUAACAAAAAGCAUGCCAGCAGCCGUCUUUUCCUCUUUAACCUAGCGACAUAAAAAAAAAAAAAAAGAAGAUUUUUUUUUUUUCCCCAGAGCUGUUGGCUAUACUGAACAAUGCAACUUUUGUUUUAAAAGAGCUCUGCACUGCCAUCUUUGAAAGACACUUUUAAACUCGAGAACAUGUAUGUACAAAUAUCCUGAAAAAUUAUAUUGCCUCUUGUCAUAUCAGGGUGCCGACCUCUGGUAAAUCUUAUAUAAGAAAUGUAUUUAAAACUGGGGUUUGUUACCAGUUGCUCUUCUUAGUAUGUACAAUUUUAUAAAUUGUAUGCUUUUGGGGAUAAUUUAUUUAAGAAAAAUAAUAAAAGUUUUAAAUCCACGUCAUAUUUGCCAGAUAAUUGCAUUUGCUGUUCUUUUCUGGAAAGGUACAGAUUUCAUUUUAUGUUUAAAGGGAUACCAGCAUUAGUGAUUCAGUGGAAUAUUCUCUAGAACAUCAAAUGUACAGUGUAUUUUACAAAUUGGAAUUUAACUUUCUUAUUUGGAGAGACUUUAUGAACGUUGUAGAAUUGUAUAAACGCAUUUCUGAGCUGCCUUAAACCUUGUAUUUUUAUAGGAGGCAUAAAAAAGGCCUGUAUUUUAAAUAUGUACGGCUUUUUGUAUUUUCUAAACGUGUAAAUUAGUAAAGAAAGAGCUUUAAA